AUGUCGUCUAAUAAAGUAGAACCUAUUUUUACUGUGCGCAAUGUUUUACCUUAUACCAAUUAUCGUCAUAAGUUUGGCAAAAACUCCUUUACCUCUACAGCCACUACAUUGGCUUCACGUAAACCACAAAAGAAAAAGACCCGUAUCCUAACUUUGAAAUCCAUUAAAAAUUGGUUUAUGCAAAAUUUACGUAACUAUUGUAAUACCACAUCUUUGCAUGGUUUUAAUUAUUUAACACGUUCAGAUAUGACUAAAAAAGAACGUUAUUUUUGGUUAUUUGUUGUCAUAGUUUCCAUAAUAGUAUCCAUAGUUUUGGUUAUAGUAUCCUAUUUAUGGAAUCGUGAGACUCCCACUGUUACGGUUAUAGAAAGUUCUCAUCAUCCCACCUGGGAUAUACCAUUUCCGGCGGUAACAUUUUGCAACUUUAACAAAAUAUCACGUGAUAGGGCUUUGAGUUUGGUUAAGGUUUUAAAACGCCCUUCCAACACCAGUGAUGAAGAUGUAUUGCGUUCAUUUCGUGUUACCAUGUAUUAUAGUUUUGCUUUAAAUCAAUCUAAUGUCAAUUUUACUUUGGCUGAAAAGAUUUUGGAAUUGAAUAAUAUGACUUUAUCUGAGUUAUCGGAACGUUUAUCGCCCAAUUGUUUGAAUAUGAUUUCUAAAUGCAUUUGGAAAGGCACUAAUUCGCGUUGUGACAGCUUAUUUCAGCGUAUACCCACCAUUGAGGGUGCCUGCUGCUCUUUCAAUUAUUUCGCUCAGGAAAAGAAUAAUUUUCCACAGUAA